UUCUCUCUCUCUCUCUCUCUCUCUCUCUCUCUCAGGAGAUCUCGGUCUCUACUGCGACGAGAGAAACCCUAGCCGAAGGCUUAGCCUCUUCGACUGAACCGUCAAUUCCUUGGAACGCCGGCAUGAUGCCACCUUGAGCUUCCAUUCGACGUGCGCGGCGCUGCCACCUGGAUCUGGACGGCCACGAUUCGGAUCCUUGAUUUUUUUUUACCGCCGACAGUCGGAGAUCUCGGUUUCAGCGCGUUGGUGGUGCUGACUGAGGCUAGGAUGUAUAAGAACCAGCUGCAGGAGCUGGCACAACGGAGCUGCUUCAACCUGCCGUCCUAUACGUGCAUACGGGAGGGGCCGGAUCACGCACCGAGGUUCAAGGCGACCGUGAACUUUAAUGGGGAAGUGUUCGAGAGCCCGAGCUUCUGCUUGACGCUGCGGCAGGCGGAGCACUCGGCCGCGGAAGUGGCGCUCAACGCGCUCUCCCAUCGCGGACCCUCCCAUUCCCUAGCUGCCCGGAUCUUGGAUGAGACGGGAGUUUAUAAGAACCUUCUACAGGAAAUUGCCCAGAGAGUUGGGGCACCUUUGCCUUCAUAUACAACAGUCCGUUCAGGUCUUGGACAUCUACCUGUUUUUACGUGCACUGUGGAACUUGCUGGAAUCAUAUUUACAGGUGAACCAGCUAAGAACAAGAAGCAAGCGGAGAAAAAUGCUGCUUUAGCAGCAUGGUCUUCACUGAAACAAUUGGCAAAGGUGUCAGCAAGCUCAUCAAAUGAGCAGACAAACAACGACGAGCAGGAGCAGAUAACUAUUGCCCGAGCUCUUCUCCACUACCGCCUAAAGGAAAAGAUGACCAUGGCCAACAACCCUAAUGCAACUCCUUUUCCAAAGAAGUUUCCAAUCCAACCCGACAAAAGACCCUCUUCACUGCAACCUCCAUCUGUAUCGAAAAUACUACCUCUCAUCCGCCAAAAAUCUGCUCCAAGAGUCCGCGCGACAUCCCCUGGAAUAAAAGAUGUCACUCGAACAUCUACAUACCAGCAGGGUGAGUACCAAACUUUUAGGCCCCAACAUUUCCCAGUUCGAGGAGCAGCACCAUACUUUCCAGUUGGGCACUUCAAUAGGUCUUGCCAUGGCAUGGCACCUCCUGUGACAAUUAGGACGGCUGUGCCAGUCUUCUCAGCCCCGCCCCUUCAGCCACCAGCAUCACAGGUGUGCCCACCUCCUCCCCCUGGUAUUGGUCACACUCAAAUCCGCUUGGCUUCCCCUGUUCGCAUUCGACAAGCUGUGCCUGUCUUUGCUGCUUCGCCACCAAUCCCACCCACGACUACUGUGAUUGCAUCUCAAUCAAAGGAAGGAACACCAGCCUUAGCAUCCUCUCCUUUAGUUAAGGAAUCUGUAUCAGCUAAUGCAUCAGGCCCACCUGUUCAGGUAAAAGAAUCCAUGACAUCGUCCAAGGAACUGUCACCUGUUACUACCCCAGAUGUUCCAGUUCUUAUAAAGGAACCUCCACUCUCAGUUCAGAUACAUGAUCCGUCAGUUGUUCCCAUUGCCUGCCCUCCAAAGAGUUCCAUCCCAACCAAAGACACUCUGGAUGCUCGUGAUGCAAAGGACCUGGCAGAGUCUGAAUCUACUGCAAUGGAGAGCUUGAGACGACUAGAGAUAUGAAGACACCAAUAAUCAUCUUCUGAGUUUGUAAUUUGCUUCGUUUAUCGCUUUAGGGUGUUAGGUUACACGCUACUAGGACGUUAGCAAGUAGAUGCAAUCUCAAACUUUAGGCCAAUUCACUCAAGGUGAAGGCAUGCAUUAACAUUAAUGGAUAUUUGGUUCGGUUGCCUUCAGUCGCAGCAAGUGAAGUAUGUUCUCUGUACAAUGAGUUUACUUAUGUUGUCUAAUGUUGAUGAUUGCCUUCAGCAUCUGGGAGUUCAUACGAUCCGUGAGGACUAGCAACGGCUAAUCAAGAGUUGAUUCUUGUUCUCGGACUUUAAUUGAUAAAUUUAUCUUGUUCCCAA